GCAAUUUUCAAUUUUUUGAACCAGCUGAUUAUAAAACUCUUCCUACCUCAAACAAGUAAACAAAACUUGAGUUUUAUUAUCUUGAAAAUGAGCGAAAUUACUGUGAAAAGUGCGGAAGAUAGUGAAAAGGAACCGGAAAUUAUUUAUUUAGAAUACCAAGGAAAUAUGGACACGAACGAGGAAAACAUUAUAUUAGAAGUGAGCGAAAAAGACUUUUCCGAAAACGAAGAUGAUAAAAGGCAUACAAACGAUCAGCAUUGUAUAAGACUACUACAUCGCGAUUCUCCAGAGCUAGGUAACAUAGAGGAGUAUAAAAUGGAUGAUCACAGAUAUGCCAGUACCCCUGAUAAUAUAGAAGACAACAGUACGGUAGUUCUAUGUGAAACAACGUACGAUUCAGAAGUUUCUGCUGAUAGACAAGACAAUAUUUUAGAUGAUAUACCAACUGAAAUAUUAGUUUACACUUGUCAACCUGUGGAUCAAAGAGAACUAAACAGGUAUCCUUGUAAAGGAUGCGAUGCAGUGGUAGGUUGCAUAUUCUGUCUUAAAUCUCAUUAUGAAAGUAUACAUUUAAAUCUGGGAAUAAUUCAAUACAAGUGCGAACAAACGACAUACUUGAAAAAUUACACAGAGAUUUGUCACAAAUGCAAUUUAGUUUGUGAGAGCAAAGAAGAGAUGAUUGAACAUAGGAAGAUACAUUUUGUGACUUGUGAUGUUUGUGAUAUGUCCUUCGAUAGUGCACUAUUUCUGUCGAACCAUUGUAAAACAGCUCAUGAAAAAUUUGAGGUUAUAAUAAGUUGUGACUUAUGUGAUCAAUGGUUCAAGCACCUGUAUCUUUUAUCUGAUCAUUAUGAAUGUUUUCAUGAUAUGAUCUUGUGUAUAGUUUGUUUCAAAAGAUUUUCUUCACGAGAGGAAUUAGACAAACAUCAUAAUUCCCAUUCUAUAGUCUUGAGAAAUACCGGUUCUGUUCUACCUUAUGCCUGUUCGAAAUGCAAUCAAGCGUUUGCUGAAAUUUGUGAUCUAUCAACGCAUCUAACCAGAGAACAUUCAAAAAGGAAAUCUGAUACAGGUGGAAUCACUACGAAGUCUAAAACUGUAAGAUUGUCGAAGGUCGAAUCCAUCUGUGACACGGGAUGUGACAAAGCCAAAGCUAAAUAUCUUGAGCAGGUCAAACAUAAAAGAUUAAAAAAAAUUUCAAAGGGUGAAGAUUAGCAAAUAGACACAUAGUAAUAAGGUAAACUUUAAGACAUUUAUUUAAGUCUGAGCAAAAAUAGUCAUUUUUACUAAAUUAUAUCAUUUUGGACUUUAUGAUAUCUUUUUUUAUUUAUUAUUUACAACCAUAUGAAGUAUCUUUGCUUUUUUUUGAUGCCCUAUGUACAAAGUUUUAUUUCAAAAUGUAUAUAGCUCCUGUACACUAAAUUAGAACUUAUUUACUGUUUAAAGUAAGUUGCUAGAUUACUAUUUGUAGGAAACUUCGUCAAAAUUUGUAAAUUUAUAAGAUGAAUUACGUAAUAAUUCAAAAGCAACAUAAUAUACAGAAUGUUACAGACACAGUAAAAACGGUUAUUUAUACAUAAUAAAAUAAUGUUAGUCUUCCUUGUUUAUAAUUAGAUGUUUUAAAAGUACCUAUUCACUUAAUAAUUUUUUAACAUACAUUAUAUUCUAAAAACACUGUAGGUACAUAGUAAAUACAGGGUGUCGAAAUAUUGCGUGGACAUAGAACUACUAUAUAUUUUUGGAAACUAAAAAUAAGUUUAUUGGACAAAAUUUACC